AUGUCCAACGCAGAGGCCUCGAUCAAUAUUGGUGGCUCCAACGUUCCUAUUACUGUCACGCAACAAAACAUAGAAGUCGCGUCAGUACUUAAAUUUAAACCUUUUGAAGAAUGGGUUUCUACUUUAUCCAACAAAGUUCUUUCUGCAGAUAAGAAAGAACUUGAAGUUAAUAAAAUUGAAAUUCAAAAUGUCGAUUAUUUUGGAUCGAAAAUUGGAUUCAUUAAAUUUAAAGUAGACGCAAAACUCGUUGAAAAUGGGAAAAAUGUGCCUGGAAUUGUUUUUAUGAGAGGUGGUGCAGUCGCGGUAUUACUAAUUCUUCGAUCUAAAGAUCCAAAUGAUCAAACGUUAAAGGAGCACGUUGUUAUUACAUAUCAACCACGUUUGCCUGUUCCUUCGUUUAAUUUCCCUGAGAUACCUGCAGGAAUGCUCGAUGGAUCGGGCAAUUUCGCUGGAAAAGCCAGUGAAGAAAUUAAAGAAGAAACUGGAAUUGAGAUAAAAGACCAAGAUCUAAUUGAUUUGACCGAAUUGGCAUAUGGGGAUAAAUACAGAGGAGCGUAUCCAUCACCCGGUGGUUGUGAUGAAUUCUUAAGAUUAUGCCUAUGUAUUAAGGAAAUGGAUCACAAAGAGGUUAAAAGCUUAGAAGGUAAGCUUUGUGGAUUACGAGAUCACGGAGAAAGUAUUACAGUUGGAUUGGUAGAAUUGGAUCAUCUAUGGAAAAUUCCAGAUAUGAAGGCUUUAUCAGCCCUAACUUUGUAUGAUGCCUUAAAAAAGAAUGGCUAG